CGGAGAAGAGAGAAUGACUAAGGGAGUUGCAUAUCAGCGUAACCUCACCGGAGAGAAAGAAAAUUAUCAGCCGAAGUUGCCACCAACCUACUGUGGUCCCGACCCCUUCUUUCUCAGAAUCGUCGGAGUAAUAAUAGCACGCCGUAGUGCCGCUUCAGAAGUCCCAUGCUGCAGAAAUAGAAGAAGCCGGAGACAGAGGAUCGAGCGAGGGGCUGCGUUCGCACCGGAGGAAAAAGAAGUCUCCGGACGAGGUUGUCUUCGUCGCUUGCCUGGAACAUCAUCAUCACUGCCGGAGGAGAUGAAGUCGCCGGAGCUCGCUGGACUGCUGUCUGCUGCCACUAGACUUCGCCGCAUAUAACCAACCUUCUACUUCCGCAACGAAGUGGGCAGAAUAUCAGUUUGCUGCUUCGUCUGAAAGGCUGAGGCCUGAGGAGGAGGAGUACGGACCUGGCCGGAGAAGAAGGAUCGCUGGAGAGUGGAGAUGCUCGACCUGCUGCCGACGAACUGGACUGCCGCCGCUGAGAUGCCGCCACCACCAUCGGAGAGAGAGUCGUUGAAGACGCCUAGGGAUUUGUAAAGCCGUCGCCGAUUUUCCUACAUUGGUCGUACUGCGUUGAAGAGAUCGAACGACAAACAAAAGGUGAUUUCGUGAAGAUCGGGGUACAAGCUUCGGUUAAGCUUUAUCGCUACUUAAGGUGUUGAGUUGAUCGAUGUUGAAGUUGACUUCGGGAGAGAGCUUUCGCUAGAAAACAUUAUUAGUAAAUCAUUGUAAAUUUCUUUUUCAAUAACUUUAAUAAGUGAACUUUUGAUUUUGAAGUUUAAGUUGUUUUAGCCUGUGCACUCGAUUAAGAGAGAAUCGAGUGUGGCGGUAGCACCCCUAUUUCCCUUUUGAUUUCCGCUGCACAAUUCUGAUGUUUUUAAAUAAAGUUGAUAUUUAUUUUGAAUAAAGUAUUAUUUUUGGGUGGGAAA